AUGGCGGCUGACGCCGGUGGAUUUGGGCCCACCUGUCCUAAUCUCCUUCUACUCGGCCCAAAUCCAAAUGCUGUAUGGCCACCUGCAAACAUCCCCCGGUUCGUCUUUUUCUCCUCUUACCUCGAAGACCGUGAAGAAGAAAUCAAAGUGAUGCUGACCAUAUCAUCCAGAGGUUCCUGGCUGAAUCAGAAUUUCAGACGUGUUCUUCAGAUUCUAAGCACCACAAGAAACAGCAGAUUUGAAUCCAACUAUGAAAGAUUUCAAAGAAGCAGUUUACUAAUAUCAGGAUCAAAAUUUGGAAGUGGGUAUUGGAUGCAUCCUGGUGUUAACUUUUUCAGCACCAACAGAAGCACAAGUUCUGAUUCAAAUGGGGCAAAGAGUGUCAAUGUUCAACCACCCGUUACUUCUUCUGCAAGCUUCAGGUUCUCCGGCUGGCUGAGAUGGAUUUUUGGUUCUGUGCUUUCCUUCUUGCUAGCUUUCAGUAAUAAUUGGCAAAAACUGAGAAGAAUAGAAGGAGAGGCAGAGAUGGUGGUGGAAGGUGUGGAGAAGGUGGCAAAUGUGGUGGAGAAGGUGGCAACAGUGGCAGAGGAGGUGGCAGAAGAUGUUUCUGAGAAUCUUUCUGAUGAGAGUAACCUCAAAAAUGCAGCUUUGGUGGUUGAAAAUAUAUCAAAACAAGCUGCUCAUGAGGCUCAUCUCACCCAAGACUUCCUUCACAAGGUUGAUGGAGUGAAGAACGACCUGGAUGAUCUAGAGUCCUUUGUGGAACCCUUUAUUGACAAGAUCUCAAACAAAGAAUCCAGCUCAAAGUGAUUCAAUUCUAUUUAUUUUAUUCAUUUAUUGUUCGGUAUUAUUUGUUGAGUCAUGAGUGAAAGAAAAAAAUGUUAUCGUUGGGGGG